GGCUGGUGCAUACUUUUUUGCCAAUUAAUUGUGUUGGCCUUUGCGGCUUUUUUCCCCCUUUUUCUCCAUCAACAACUCCCACAGGCUAUCAUUUUUCUUCACUAGCUUUCAGCCUUUGAACUUCUUACAUUUCCUCUUUCUUCAACAUCUGAAAAAUAAACAACGAUGAAUGCUGCAUCCAUUUCCAGGAUCGAUUCGAUUACAGACAACGCCGAAGACAGUGAUUCCGACACAAACUCCGAUGAUAUUGCCGAUUACUACCAGCCGAUCUCUUCGGUAGACGGCAACGAAGAUGGCGAUACGAAUAAUUUGAAUAUCAACGGAUAUCAUGAUCAGUCUGAUGAAGUAAUUCAGCACAGCAGCACCCUAAUCAACGGUCAUGAUCACUUUGGUGCAGCUGAGAAUGGGGUGAUGUCACUGAAUCUGAGUGAAAAUGAGGAGGAUAGAGAAAGUGAAGAAGAGGAUGAAGAGAGGAGGGGAGUGGAUAUGGUUAGUGCAAUGACGAGAGCAUUCGAGGAAGAUGAGAGCCGGAGAAACGCGCCAUUGUCGUCUGACAACGCGGUGAGAGUGAUGGAAGCAAUGCGUGGUGUUUCCUUCUCUGGAAUGCCACCUGAUUGGGUUCGCGACUUUCCAGAGGAUCGCUGGAGUCAUCAGCUCCAACGUCUCCGCCGUCCACCCAAUUCUACUGCUUGAUGUGCGCGCAGUGAUGUAUUGCAUAUUUGCAUGCUUGAAGUUUGGUUGGGUUUGUAAUUUGAUCAUCUGAAUUUGGGUGUUCCCUUUAUUUAUCUGAGGCUAAUUUUAACUCUCCCAUA